AUGAAAGAUAUCAGUAGAACACCAGGCUGUAUAAAAGAUAUCAGUAGAACACCUGGCUGUAUGAAAGAUAUCAGUAGAACACCAUGCUGUAUGAAAGAUAUAAGUAGUACACCUAGCUGUAUGAAAGAUAUCAGUAGAACACCUGGCUGUAUGAAAGAUAUCAGUAGAACACCAGGCUGUAUAAAAGAUAUCAGCAGAACACCGGGCUGUAUGAAAGAUAUCAGUAGAACACCUAGCUGUAUGAAAGAUAUCAGCAGAACACAGGGCUGUAUGAAAGAUAUAAGUAGAACACCUAGCUGUAUGAAAGAUAUCAGUAGAACACCUGGCUGUAUGAAAGAUAUCAGCAGAAAACCGGGCUGUAUGAAAGAUAUAAGUAGAACACCUAGCUGUAUGAAAGAUAUCAGUAGAACACCUGGCUGUAUGAAAGAUAUCAGCAGAACACCGGGCUGUAUGAAAGAUAUAAGUAGAACACCUAGCUGUAUGAAAGAUAUCAGUAGAACACCUGGCUGUAUGAAAGAUAUCAGUAGAAAACCAGGCUGUAUGAAAGAUAUCAGUAGAACACCUAGCUGUAUGAAAGAUAUCAGUAGAACACCUAGCUGUAUGAAAGAUAUCAGUAGAACACCUAGCUGUAUAAAAGAUAUUAGUAGAACACCGGGCUGUAUGAAAGAUAUCAGUAGAACACCUGGCUGUAUGAAAGAUAUCAGUAGAACACAUGGCUGUAUAAAAAAAUAUCAGUAG